AUGGACAACGACUUGAACACAUUACGCCAGCAGCUGCGGCAGGCAGUGUCUGAAUGUUCCUUGCGUGGGCUGCUGGUGUCGGCCAAAUGGGCGGCCGAGCAGCUGUGCAGCCUGCCUGCGUCAGAGACACCAGCAACACCGGCCAGUCGGUGGGCACAGCAGGACACAGUGGAUGCAGACAGGCUGUCGCUGGCAAAAUGCCUGUUUGACACACGCGAGUUUGAGCGAGUGCAGUUUUACCUGCAAGACUGCCGGGGACCGCGAGCGCGGUUCCUGCGGUUGUACUCGCGGUUUCUGAACCACGAGCGGCAGCCUGCGCCAGUCCACAGCGAGCCAAUCCAGGACUUGGAUUUGGACGCAUUCGGCAUGUACUUGCUGGCAGCCGUGUACAAGCAGCAGGGGCAGAAGGAGAUGGCGCGCGCAAUGUGUCUGCAGUCGCUGCACCAGUUCGAGUACAACUGGAGCUGCUGGCUGCUGCUCGAGUCAUGUGUGGAUGUGCGGCAGCCUCUGGAAAAGCUCAGCAGUGAGCUGCCGAGCGGGUGGAUGCGGCACGCGUUCCUGUCACACCUGCUGCUUGAUCUGUUCUCGGCCGGAACCGUCGAGUUCGACAUGCACUACCAAGCGCUGGAACGGGUGAUCCCGCAGAGCUUGUUUGUGCUGGGCCUGCGCGCGGUGCGGUACUACAACCAGCGGGACUUUGAGCAGGCCAGCCAGGUGUUCGGCGAGCUGCAGCAGGUCGACCCGUACCGGCUCGAUCUGAGCGACAUCCACUCGAACAUCCUGUACGUGAUGGAGGACAAGGCGCGGCUCGGCUCACUGGCGCACCGCUGCGCAGCGCUGGACCGGUUCCGGCCGGAAACCUGCUGCGUGAUAGGUAACUACUACAGCCUGCGGCGCGAGAACGAGAAGGCGGUCGGAUAUUUCCAGCGCGCGCUGCAGCUGGACCGGAACUAUCUGGCAGCGUGGACACUGAUGGGCCACGAGUACAUGGAGAUGAAGAACACGGCGGCGGCGGUGGACGCGUACCGCCACGCAGUGGAUGUCGAUGAGCGCGACUACCGCGCGUGGCACGGGCUGGGGCAGACGUACGAGCUUUUGAAGAUGCCGCACUAUGCGAUCAACUACUACAUGCGAGCAGCGGCCCUAAGGCCGUAUGACUCGCGCAUGUGGCGGGCGCUGGCCAACUGCUACGAGCAGUCGGGGCAGGCGGUCAGGGCCAUCGACUGCUACAAGCGCGCACUGAUCGGCACCUCGGAGGACGAGCUAUUGUCGAUAUCUAGGCUGGCCAAACUGUACGUCCAGACCGAGGACCGCAAGUCGGCGGCCUACUACUAUCAGCUGGCGUAUGAGAACUCCAGCGCCCAGCGGCCGGAUGAGUUGGCCACAGCCUGCUUGUUUUUGGCCGACUUUGAGCAAGCACGGGGGAACACUAGCGCGGCCAGGCAGUAUCUGGCUGAGGUGGUCGAGAGCGGCGCGGGCGUGCAGCAGGUCGAGGAGGCAAAGGCCAUGAUGCGGGCAAUGGCCAGCAGCGGCCGGCAAUAA